AAAAUAUAGGUAUGAUUGUGAAUUUUCCCAUGUUGAUUGUUGACAUUAGUAGUCAGAAUUGGGAAUGAAAAGAAAUCCUGAUUAUUUUUAGGCAUUACAUAUUUGUUUAUGUUUGUCUGUGAGGUUUCCCCAAACCAUUAUAAGAGGACUCAGUAAUUCCCUCAAAUAACAUCUCAACUAAGUUCCUCAAAAAAAGUAGCAAAGAACUGUUGAAAUCUCAUUUUCGACAGUCAGCAGCAACAAGCUUAUUCUGAUUAGAAACGUUUUCCCAGGGUCUGCUUGUCUCUUCAGUCAUACCCUCUCUCUCUCUUUCUCUCAGUCCCCCCUCCCACCCCUCCCUCCCUCUCUCUGUGAAAUGCUUCAAUGUUCUGCCCACUCAGAGCACAUAGCGGCAGUAGCUGACGUCGCUGCUUUUCCUGGAACUGGCCCCCAGCAGCGUCAUGUAAAUGCAAACCGGCAAAUAAGAUGUGCAUUGACGUCAGCUGCCGGCCACGCUGUGAUUAUAUGCUGUUCUCUUUGCAACUCACACAUAUCACAGAAUUAAUCAUCAGUGUGUUACAUGAUAUGAGGAGCAGAGACUUCUACUGGCACUGAAACAAUGAACAGAAGGGAGAAGUAGAUAACAAAUGGCACCAUCUCUCAAUGUGUAUUUCUUGCUUUUACAGUGUCACAUACACCCAUUUGAUAAGAUAAAAGAAGAGAGAAUGUAAUGUGGUCACUUAUGCUCUCUAAUUAUAUCUAUUUAUUUUUAUCUAUUUAGCACAGCCUGAUAUGCUAUCCUGCAUUUCACAGCACACACUGAAUGAGCAUGUGAUAAAUAAAACCGUUCUUCAAAUUUUGAAAACUUCUGGUUUGUGAGAGUCAUAUGGGAAAAGAUUAAAGAGUUAAAGGAUGCUGACUGACGUGGAGCUGUUGCACCAGAUCUUCAUAAAUUCAAACUUAAAUGAGUGACAAAGUGUUUAUUAAGUGAAGAAUAACCCAUUACUAUUACUAAUUUAAUUAAAUCUAAAUUUAAAGGUUGCAUCAGACAAGCUAGUUCUUAUAUAGAGAUUAGUUGUUUCUAAUAUUUACACCCAGUGUGCAUUCGGUGUGACAUUAGCAUGCUAAUACAUGACACAUACUGAGAUGUUGACAACAUAUCUGACCUGACACUUUGUUAAAAUUCUGUUUAAUAAUUGUUUAAACUGGGAAGAUUUAAAAUGACAUUUUAUAAAAAUAACACAAUUUCCUUUUAUACUUACCAAUAUACUGUAUUAUAAUAUAUGAUAACUUUAACUGAUGACCACAAAUGCCAAAGCUAGCACCAGUUAGGCUAGCAUUAUCAGAUAUUUACCAUUCAUUCUAAACUCCAAAAGUACUACUAACUCAUAUUUAUCUAUGGUGCAGAAAGAAAUCAAAGCAAUACUUGGAUUUAAAAAGAUUAGUCAUUUAUCUGUAAUAUAUCACUUGGUCCCUUGAAAAGUUUUUUUGCAGUGAUGUUACAGCUUGUGAUGUUCUAGUGACAGUGGUACAGCAAUUUGCACAUUGUCUUUUCAAACUAAGACAUUUCUUAAGUUGUAUUGGUGCAUCCCAGUUUAGUAAAUCACUGAGAACUUUUGGAAGGAAUUAACACACAAGCUUCUUCAUGCAACACAAUCCUCUUUACUGACAUGUUGUUUUGUGUCUCCCCAGGCACUGCAGGUGACAUGACUGCCUGCCAGCUGCGUAACCCCAGCUCCAGCCUACCACAGGGGGUGGCAGAGGCCAGCGCUCACAGCUCCCACAAACCUAUAGAGGAUGCCUUACAAAAGAGGGAGCACCGCUUGAUGAAGAACAGGGAAGCCGCCCGGGAGUGUCGACGCAAGAAGAAGGAAUAUGUCAAAUGCCUCGAAAAUCGCGUGGCUGUGCUCGAAAAUCAAAACAAGACUCUGAUUGAGGAGCUUAGAGCCUUAAAAGACAUAUAUCGUCACAAAGCCGAGUGAUUCCUCUGGCGAGAGGAAGAACCCGGGAUUGUGUGGACUGUUUUGGUGUCCUUCUGUGGGGUGUCUUGAGGACUCUGGUUUUGCUUGUACAGACACACAAAUAGACACAUACUCACACAAGAAACUCCUUGUCCUCGCUGUUAAAUGUGUUUACACGAUGAUGUCAAUGUUUCUGGCUCUGAAUUAUCCAUGCACCGCCACCAGUGAAAAAAACAAGAACCCUGUUUCAGGUCAGGCUUAUUAUCAGUGAGUAUUACGCAGAGCUUAUGUCCCUUUGAACAGGGAGGCUGCCAAAGCAAGCAGGAAGAGAAGAACCGAAUAUAUGAUCCACCUGCAAACUCGCAAUGCCUUACUGGAGACGGAGAAUCGGAUGCUGAAGACCCAGAUGCAGCUCUUGUGCAACCCGAACAUCCAAAUUCCCUGCCAAGAUCAGCCACAAACGCCUUCGCUGUUAUCACCUUAGCGCCACUGCAUUAUACAUUCCUUUAUGAUCAGUUUCAUAAUUUGGCUUAAAAUACUGUAUGAGUUGAAAGUCUAUGUGAUGGUGUCAGUCAGGGCUUCAUCUUGCAAUGUUUGUGUUGUAUUCGAUUCCGCCUCAUAAAUCCUGAUGCAAGCUCACUAUCUGGGAUUAACACCCACUGCAUUUAUCGCCCGCUUUCAUUUGUGUUUAAUGUAGAGACCUAUCAGGAUCGAUUGAGCCUCUGUGUGAGGACUUAACUGCUUUUAACAUGUGGUGUUUACAUUUAUUUGGGCAAGUUUACACUGCAGUGCAUCAUUUUUAUUUUUUAUUUUUGUAAAGGGUGGGAAAGUGUUUAUCUUCAUAUUACUGAGUGUAUAUUUACUUUUAAAAAAUUACACACCUUUGUGGAAAAUGCAUGAAUUUACUGUUUUACCUACAGGUUUUUUUUUUUUUGCUUCAUCUCAGUAUGUAUGGCUGAAUUUAGAAGCUGUUGUAAGUAUCAUUUUGAUGCGGUUAUUUAGGCAUUUGAUGCAGACAUCCAGAUUUUUAGUAGACUCCUCUGUUGGUGAUGAUUUCUCCUCUGUAACACCGUUGUCUUGCUGUGAUCACACCUUAUUUAAAGACCUUAUUGACACAUCUUUAAAAAAUGUAUUCGCUUCAAUAAAAGUUCUUUCUCAGGA